AUGUCUCCGUCAGCACUAUCACAUGUGGUGGUCGCAGGAGCUGCCCUAGGGUUGGGCUACUAUCUUGGGUCACGAAUAGGCACCCAAAACUCCGCACCUGCCGCUCAACCUAUACCACCGUCGGAGCUAGAGGAUAAGGAACCACCCAAGGUCGAACCGGAGGUAGAUAGUGAAGAAGAGAAUGAUGCGCUUGCAGACGGAGAUCUUAGUGCGGUUAAAGCAGGCUUUAUGCAACCUUGCAAAUUGGUCUUAGUCGUGCGAACGGAUCUCAAAAUGACCACUGGGAAAAUAGCUGCACAACACGCAACACUAGCAUGCUACAAGGCAUUAUCGAGGACAAAUACUGCGCUCGUACAACAUUGGGAGAAGACUGGUCAAGCUAAAAUUGCUCUCAAGUGUUCGUCGGAGGAUGAGCUCCUUGAACUCGAAGCAGUUUCCAAGAGUCUCAAUCUCUGCGCUCGAUCAAUACUGGACGCUGGUCGUACACAGAUCGCGGCAGGUUCCCGCACUGUUCUUGGUAUUGGUCCUGCGCCCAUAGAUCUCAUCAAUCAGGUGACAGGCCACCUGAAGCUCUUGUAG